AUGUCAUGGCCGCUGCGAGGACGAAAUGGCAAUUUGUUCCUCCUAAUUGCGUCGAUUGUCUGUAUUUUGAUCACAAUUGUAAACUACAAUGUGUUACGAGAGUUGCCUUCCGAUUCAACAUCCUGGACGAGGUCCAGUGUGCAAGGUAAGUGAAUUUUUGCCGCAUGAUUUCACGGUCUACUUGUUGUGUCGUUAUUUUGGUAAAUACAGCAUUUGUUUUGAAUAGUGCAGAUGAACUCCGGUUUAACAAUAGUUUGUCCUUGCCAGUGGGAUAAAUUGAGAAUUUUCCCUUUCAUUUGUAAUCAGCCCACAGAAAAUCGUUUUUUCUCUGUAGGCUAUCUCAGAAUCAAUGACUGAAAAUUAUAUUGGAAAAACAACUUCUUGAAUUGCGUAUUGAUAAACGGAUGUACGGCAAAUUUUUGCUCUCAGCGUCUAUGAUUAACAUUCUUUCGCAAUAAUUUACCAUAAGUUAUACCGUUAAUCGUAAAUUUAUAAGUCUUAAGCUGAUUUCCUGCUACAUAGAACUAAUGCGUAACUGUUGGUGUCCUUUGAUGACUUACAAGGACGAAAAGCUGAGUCGUGCAAACGUCCACAUGAUGGGCAAGUUUGUAGUGUUAAUUCUGAUAUCCAUGUGUAUUUUGGGCUCGUGCAGAGAUUAACUAUCAAACGAAAUUUAUUUUACCCCACCUAGCCUUUUUAUCUCUCUAUUCCUUAAUUUCUCGCUUACGCGGCGUAAAUGCUCGAGAACGUCGUCCACGUGUAGUAAUUGAAUUAAAUCUCACUUUGACACAGAUGCUAAGCAAUGAAAAAGCCAAAGAAAGAAUGUUCUGAUCUUUAGGGUUCGGGUAGGAGGUUCGACUCUUGGUUUCCUUUUUUUUUUUUAAAUUCCUCUUUCCCACAAGUAUUCAUGCAGAAGGACAAAAUUGCCUCUUUACGAAGCCUCGUACGUUGUGAACAUUUGCCCCUGUCGGUACAUGGAUAUUCUUAACCUGCGAUCAGGCGAUUUUUUUUUGUUGGUAGGUUAUUCCUUUCAAUUAUUGCUGCCGUUGUAAUUUAUUUAUAUAAAAGUUUGCAAAAUAAAAACUUGAAAACAAAGCUUUGUGGUGUAAUUUGCUCAUCUGAUGUAAAUGCAUAAAGCUACUCAGGACUAUUUGUUGUUAAUUUUGUAAUUGGUGCUUAAACAUAUAAGCUUAAAUUAUAGGUUAUCUGGUGUCAACGAUCCUACUUGGCAUUUUUUAAUACUACUUCUUAGUUUCGUACCGCAGGUAUGCCGGGCACUCCUCAGAUAAAAUCUGAGGAGUGCCUCGCAUACCUGCAGUACAAAACUAAGUAAUAAUUAAAAAGGCCAAGUCGGAUUGUUGACACCAGAUCAGAUAACCUUAGAUUAUACUCUGCUCUAGUACUUCUAUUGAGCACUCUGCAAAAAUACAAAUGUAUCAACUGGUAUAAGCUUAAAUAUACAUUUGUAUCUUGUUUAAGUUACUCAUUCUUGAGGUAAAGUGUUGUGUUAACUCAGAUAUUUUUUUUUGAUGUGUGGAUAAACAACAAAACAAUGCAACCGAUGUUUACUUUAAUUUUCUUUUUUUUUCUGCAGUAUAGUGUGAAAAAGUUAAUCAUACAAUCUUUGCACCAUACUUUUAAGCUUUAGAUAAUAAAUAAAAAUAGAAAUUAACAUUUGACGGUCACUUAAAACUGAAACUUACCAGCAACUGGCAGUUUGAAACUCGAGUUUUUUCAAGUUGUAUUGUUGGUUAGACUGGAGAGCACAUUCUGAACUUUCACUUGGUCUGUGCCUUGUCCUCUGGCUUUGGUAUUUCAUGGUGCGAAACAAUUUGCACUUUGUCAAUCAAUCAAUCAAUCAAUUAAUCAAUCUAUCUAUCGAUAGUUGAUCAAUCAAUCAAUCAAUCAAUCAAUUAACAAAACAUGUAGCAUUUUAUGGAAAGAAAGAGCAGUUCUAUCAGCUCUUUAUUCUUGGUAUUCCAAAUUAUUAAUUUGAAUUAAAUGCAAUUGAAGGGUUUCCUGAAAAAAGGGCGUAAUUUGCUUAUCAUAAGCAAAUAAAGGAAACCCUUCAAUAAUAUUAUACUUCACUGAUUUAGAUUUCAUAACACUUUAAGCCCAAUAUAAACAUACCAAUUCUCUAGACUGAUCUCUAUACAUUUCCUUAAAGAUUUAGUUGAGAGAAUUUAUUAAAAGAUCAGCAUUUCCCCAUUGGUGAUGACUCACUGAUCACCUUAUAUAUUCGCAUAACCUUUUCUCUUAAUGUUGUAUUGAUAUUUUUGGGAGAAAACUGAUCUUGCAUAGUCACUCAGGUACUGUUUUGUACUGAUUCUACAACAGGUGACUGGGAAAACAAAGACUACGAACAGCGGUUGAAUCGUCUUGAGAAACAUAUCUUUGGAAAAGGUAACAUAAUGAGUUGAACCUUUAUUAAGUGACCAGUCCCCGGUGCAGAAUUCGGAUUGACAGCCGAGAACAGAAAUCAUGUACUAGGUUAUAUAUAUCUUCUCGAGGUCGGCCGCUCAAUAAAGGUGCAUCAUAAAUCAGCAAAAUCCUAUAGCAGAAACAUCACUGCCUUUAUUUUGGAAGAAAAGUGCAAUGAAGAAGCAUCACUGGUCAAAAAUGUGUUGUCACCUUUUACAUAUUGGACUGUAUUUUCCUUCAUCACAUUCUUGAAGUGAAGCCAAACUUAGUGAAGAUCAGUGAAUUAAGCACUUGAUGGCUGCUUAAUAUAAAGGUGACAAUAAUGGUGGUACAAAAAUGUGGCCACAGUCACUUAAAAGAUGUGGCUGCUUAAUAGAAGAUUAAUAGAUUAUUUUGGAAUUUUGAUUACUGGACGCUCAAUCAAGGGUGGCUACUUUAUGGAGAUUUGACUUUAUUUUAUUUUUUUGUGUGACUUGUUUCUGUAAGCGCUUUCUAGUAGCACAGUGCUUGUAAGAGAUCUGGGAGCCAUUUAUGUUGUCAUUAUGUUCUCAAGUGAUGCAUGUAUUAUAAUGUAGUUCAAUACAUGUAAGACACUUUUUCUUUGUUUUGUACAUUUGUUUAGAGUACAAUCCUAGUCAAGAAAAUGGAGGUGUCAAUCAGCGAUUAGAAAAGUUGGAACAAGUUAUAAAUACAGGUACAAAUAUUGCAUGAUUAAGGCCCUCUACUAACUACAAGUGAGUUACAUACUGUAUGUCCCUGGUCUGAAUUUCAAAACCAGCUGUCUUUUUCGCAUAAAUUUAUUAUUUCAGAGGAAGCCAUUUCAUUCUCAGUAUUUAACCAUUGCAUUACUAUUGCGCUUUUCUGUGUUGUUGUCAUGGUUUCAGCCCAUCUUUGUGUUGUUUGUCGCCAUUUCUACCAUCCUGUGUCACUGUUUCAAGGUCAUGUCCUUGUCAGAAUUUUACCCGAACAGGGCCCCAUUUAGACUACGAGUAGUCCCCCAUUUUUUCUCAGGGGUGAUUUUCACGCGUGCUCGCAUUUCGCUCGCUCUACUAUCCCUGAGAAAAAAUGGGGAACUACUCGUAGUCUAGGCCCCAUUAUUAUAUGGAUCAUCAAUAACAAGUGGAAUAUGUUAACUUGCAGUUACAUCAAUUCAAUGUUCAGUUUUGAGCAUUGCAUUAUAUGUUUUUUUUAUAUAGAGAUCGCAUGUUUUAAUAUAUUUAGGUACUCUUUAUUUCUAAAAUUUAUGAAGCUUAAGAUAUAAACUUCAAGUAGAGAUUUGUUAACUUGCUAUUUAAUAUUUACCUAUUUUCAGUAAAACUGCAAUAAUCUUGUUGGCAUUUAGUCCUUUGUCUCUCAGUUCUAAUAGAUGUUAUUCAAACACACCAAAUAAAUGACUGGUUUCCAGUUGGUUUUACAAUUGGUAGAGCAAUUCAAUGCAUGUACCAGUAUACAGGGUCAAAGAUUUGAAUACUGUACAAGCCUAAGUACAGUUUUCAGGCUUCCUUUUGAAAAAAAAACUACUUAAAACUGCAAUGAUCUUGUUUUUUAUGAUACAAGCAGAGGAUCAAGAUUGAGCUAAAUUACAUGCAAUAAGCAAUCUUUUUGUCAAUGCCCAACAUUUUACACAUGAUAAUAAUCUGGUGGAUAAUUGAUUUUGUCAGUGGUGUAUUUCCUUUAUCUUAAUUUUGGAUCUUUGAUUGUAAAUUUUUUACUUUUGUUGUGGUGACCAGAAAAUGGAAAGAAACAGGAAUGUGUGAUUCCACAUGACACGCUGUUCCCAUUUUGUGAGGACAAAGUUUCCGUAAGUCUACUUGUACACUUUUCAGUUUUACUUUUCAAGGAGGAUCUAGUCGGGGCAGGGGGAGGAGGAGAGGGAUGGGUUGGGGAAGAGUCCUUGGGUAACAAAUACAUCUGUCGCCAUAAUUAAUUCAGAUCCCCUCUCUCCAUCUCAGAAUAGAGAUACAAAUUUUGUAUCUAUGGACUAUCCCCACCCCAAUCAAAAAACCAUGGUUCAAGGAGAUGGCGUGGCCAGGGGUCAAUUUUUGUGUGACCCCUAUACAUGUACAGUGUGUUUGACCCUAUCAUACAAUGGCUAGUGCUGUGUUCAUUGCAAUAGAAAAUGGGCGUAGCGCAUCUUUGGAUGGGGGUCUUACAUAACUGGCAUUUGCAAAAAAUUUGCAAAUUUUGUAAUCAGCAAUUUUUUUUUUGUUUUUGCAACCCCUUUCGUAUCUGAGAAACGCAAAAUUUUUAGUAGAGGCAGAAAUGUCAAUUAAAGGAACUGUCAUAGAAUAUUUGUCAUGUUUGCAAAAUAAGAUUAUCUGAAGACUGAGGGAUAGCUGUCAAGGAACAAAGGAUUUUGUUGCUUGAAAAAAAUUUUAAGCCUACAUCUUACAAGUUGGGUGGUGUAAGUUGAGAAAAUUUUGGUAGGUGAAAAAAGUCUCUCGCACUAGAAAUGGCUUCCUGUUGACAGACUUUUUUUGCAAAACAAACAAAAUUAUGCACAGGGUGAACAGGGCCUAAGAUGGAGUAAACAGGGCCUAACAUGGGGUUUAUUCAGGCAUGAAUGGGUUGAUACUUUU